CGACGGGAGUACGGGGCUCGGCUCGGGUGGGGGAAGUGGGGGAGCUGCCCCAUUGCUCGCUGCCCCGGCUCCCCGCUCUCUUCUGCUGUCUUUCAGCCUCAGCUUGGCUGCCUGGGAGCGUUCCCGGCCCAGGCUCAGCCCGGCGGGUCAUUUCAUCAACAGAAUUUGUGUUUGGAAUAAAUGCAUGUGCUAUAGAAGAUACCUUAAACCCUUUCACUGUAAUUUAACCUACUAAUAUUUUGGACAAGGAAAAGAAAAGAACAAUGAUGUCAAAACAGGCCUUCCUCUGCAGUUUGGGCUCUCUCUAUUUGUCGCUCCUGUUUGUGUUCCUGCUAAUGGACGUUUAUGCCAGGCCUGCAAAUAAUUCUGCCUUAAAAGAGAAGGCACCUGACAGCAAAGAUGAAAAUGAGAUCUUGCCUCCAGACCACCUCAAUGGGGUCAAAAUGGAGAUGGAUGGACAUCUUAACAAGGAGUUUCACCAGGAGGUUUUUCUAGGGAAAGAAAUGGAAGAGUUUGAAGAAGAUUCAGAGCCAAGAAGGAAUAGAAAGAAGCUAAUGGCUAUCUUUUCAAAGGUGGAUAUUAAUAAGGACAAAAAGAUAAGCGCUAAAGAGAUGCAGCGCUGGAUCAUGGAGAAGACAGAAGAGCAUUUUCAGGAAGCUGUAGAAGAGAACAAAAUGCACUUCAGAGCAGUGGACCCUGAUGGUGAUGGCCAUGUGUCUUGGGAUGAGUAUAAAAUUAAGUUUCUGGCAAGCAAGGGGUUUAAUGAAAAAGAAGUUGCAGAGAAGAUCAAAAACAAUGAAGAGCUAAAAAUUGAUGAAGAAACACAAGAAGUUCUUGAUAACCUGAAAGAUCGUUGGUACCAAGCUGACAACCCCCCUGCUGACCUAUUGCUGAAUGAGGGAGAGUUUUUGUCCUUUCUUCAUCCUGAGCACAGCAGAGGGAUGCUGAAGUUUAUGGUCAAAGAAAUCAUCCGUGAUCUUGAUCAAGAUGGUGAUAAGAAACUUACUCUUUCCGAGUUCAUUUCCUUGCCUGUUGGUACAGUGGAGAACCAGCAAGCUCAGGAUAUUGAUGACGAUUGGGUGAAAGACCGAAAGAAAGAAUUUGAGGAAGUUAUUGAUUCCAAUCAUGACGGCAUCGUCACAAUGGAAGAGCUGGAGGAAUACAUGGAUCCUAUGAAUGAAUACAAUGCCCUAAAUGAAGCCAAGCAAAUGAUAGCAGUGGCUGAUGAGAACCAGAACCAUCACUUGGAGCUGGAUGAAAUCCUGAAAUACAGCGAGUACUUCACUGGCAGCAAGCUGAUGGACUAUGCUCGUAAUGUCCACGAGGAGUUCUGAUCCUUGCUCGUCUCCCUCAGAGCUCUGAAGCACCUUUUUGCUUUCCAAAAAAAAAACAAACUAAAAAACCUUGCUGCUAUCUGUGUUGUGUGCGUAAGAUGUGUUGUCCUAGACUUAAAGCCGUCCAUAUACGAGACCUACACCUCUCUUGCCUUCAGCAUAAAGAAAAAAUGGGCUGUAAGUAGCAAGGCAGGAUCUGGACUGACUCAAUUCACACUACCUUGUAUAAUUAUUGUAGCUGGGAGUUCAGCUGCGUUAGGCUCGCUGUACUUUAUGAAGGCAUCUUAAAUAUUUAAUUUCUGGGUUUGAUGUUGCCUUCGAAGCUGGCUGAUCUAAGAAAAUCAUCAUAAAAACUAAGAUCCUCCAAUGUUAAUAAGGGGGAACCAUGUUUCAGAUGUCUAUUCUAUUAGCAUUCUAGGAAAUCCAGGAAUAAAUUGAUUGGAAAGCUGUUUGCUUCACUUGGCCCAGUACCUUUUUAUAUUGAGUGACAUAGAGAAGUAUUUUCAGCUUAUAAAAUCAACUGUAGACUGCAUUGGAUGCUGGUUCUCCCAAUGUAAAUAGGCUGCUAAGUUUGGUUUCUGGCAGUCUUUUAUGUACAUAUUCAUUUAAUUCCCUUAAAGCUAUUACUUUUUUCACACUGUCAGUGGCCCCUCUAGUACAGUUAGAGCAGAUCCUCUUUAAAUGUUAUAUGUACUGUGACAGCUAAGGUGCUCGUUAGUAGUCACCAUUGCUUUUGGCUGGAAUAGCUUACGCCACGUCUUACGAAUAUGUGAAGCCUGCUGUGUUGAUCUGUCAGAAGGUUUUUGAACAAAGUAUUUUCGUAGCAAUCUGCUGGAAGCAGCCCUGUUGCUGAAAGAGCAUGCAGCUGCCAAGAGGGGCAAGAAUAGCCAUAGUGCAGAAAAGCAUCUUGUCUCUGUGCAUUUUUUGGUUGAUCUUCCCUGUGUUUUUCACAUCGUCUUUCAGGAUGGCUGCCCAGUGUUGGAGACUAGUACGUUUCUCCUUCCAAGUAUGGUUCUAGCAGCCUGAAAAAUCACUUUCCUUUUGACACAGGAGUCCGUCAAUCUGAUGCUUUACAAAACCAGAUUCAUUUUCCUGUUAAAGCAAAUGGAAAUUGGCUUUCAAUCUGCCAGAUUUUAUACUUGCAAGUGGGGGCAAUAGAGAAGUUCAUUUAAAUCACUUUCAUUUUAGAACUGUCUGUAUCUUAAGCCCCAGGGGAAGCUCUCGUUCUGUGAACUUGCAGGAUUCUUCAAUGAGCAAAACCUGGAUUCAGCUUUUUGCACUAUGAACCGUGUUGCAGCUAAUGAAAAUCAAGACUUUCAGAUUAGAGAAAUGUGUGCAGCUGUCUCACAAACUGAUGGUGCUUUUAUGCGUAAGAAUGGAGAGUGGAACUAGUAUCGACCUCUGCUGGUUUAAUUUGUAUCUCUCUUCACUGUGGUCCAGCAGAGGCAGGUGACAACCCUUGAGGGGGUUGUGAGCUUUCUAGUUAAUCUAUUUUUGAGUCUUAUCUUUGGAGAAUCUUGCAAAACAAGGGCAAUAUCCACUACUGUUUAAAAUACAAAAAUAUGUUUAAUUCUAGCCUCAGCCUUGUAAAAGCCUCUCUUUUGGGUGGUUGCCUGAAAUUCCAACCAAGAUGUUGUUAUAUUUGAUUGAUUAAAUUUAUUCUCGUAAUAUAAUGUAAAUAGAA